UGGUUUUCUCUGAUAUCAGAUCCAACUGGGAAAUAGCCAGGUGAUUUUUAUAAAGGGAUAGAAAAAAGUCAGGUGGGUUUGGUGGCUGGAAGGAAGUGGAGGGUUGAAGUGUGUGCAGCCUACCUUGGUCAGGUGGGUGGCUGGUCUCUGUGCUUUAGCAGUACGGCCUCUCAUGAAAAACAAAAUGUAAGCUGCAACUCUAGUUCUUCUGGGCGAGCUGUUAAUUUGUUUUGGUUCUCAGUAACUGAAGAUUGAAUAUUGAGAAGAUGUGAAGCAGGGAGUUUACCACUGGUACCUGAAACGGUAGCAUUCAGGCUGUAGACAAAAGUUUUUAUCUGUCAGAUACUUGGUGAAACAGGAAGUACAUCUGCUUUCACAGCACCUUUCUCCUUUCAUCUGUUGCAGCUAAAUCAAGGCUGGGAGUGGAGCUGGAAACAGUGCAAGGAGCAUGUUGGAGUUGCUGUGGUCUCAGAAACUGAGGUGGAAGGUGAAGGGACUGAUAACUGCAGUGCAUGGGACUUCCCUGGGGAGCCUCUCUGGAUGCCUGGUCCUGUACAAUAUUGCCUGUGUUCGAGACCUUGGCACCACAUGGUGACAUCUUGAAGUAUUUCUUCUGUAAGUCUCUGCCUUCUGACAGGAGUGGUAUCAAGCCUGCAACUCCAGAGAUGCUAUCAGCAAGUCUCUCCCAGAGCCGCAUUUUACAGACAUGCAGCAUGCCACAUCCAAACAUAGUCAAUAGUGUCAGCACAUUGCAAAGCAGCCUGACUCCUUGCCUUUAUAAAUUCCCUGAGCACGCCCUGAGUGCCAGCUCCUGUGCUCUGGGCCACGGCUUCACACCCAUGCACCAGUCCCUUCUCGGCGAUGAUCCCACAGCUGCAGACUUCAAGCAGGAAUUCCGCAGGAAAAGCAAGUCUGUUGAAGAGCCUAUUGAUAUGGAUUCACCUGAAAUCAGGGAGCUGGAGAAAUUUGCUAAUGAAUUUAAACUGCGGAGAAUUAAGCUGGGUUAUACGCAAACCAAUGUUGGGGAAGCGCUGGCUGCUGUACAUGGCUCUGAAUUCAGCCAAACUACAAUUUGCCGGUUUGAAAACUUGCAGCUGAGUUUCAAGAAUGCGUGCAAACUGAAAUCAAUACUGUCUAAGUGGCUGGAGGAAGCAGAGCAAGUGGGAGCUUUAUACAAUGAAAAAGUUGGAGUGAAUGAGCGGAAGAGGAAGCGCAGAACCACCAUAAGUAUUGCUGCCAAAGAAGCCCUAGAGAGGCACUUUGGAGAACAAAGUAAGCCUUCUUCUCAGGAAAUUAUGAGGAUGGCUGAGGGGCUCAAUCUUGAGAAAGAAGUUGUGAGAGUUUGGUUUUGCAACAGAAGACAAAGGGAAAAAAGAGUAAAGACAAGUUUGCAUCAGAACGCGUUUAGUUCUAUUAUCAAGGAGCAUCACGAGUGCCGGUAAAUCUUUUUAAUGCAUAGUUGUGGAUUUCUGUUUUGCUUUUUGUAAAUAUUUCAAGUAAUUUGUUGUUUAAAAUAUAUAUAUGUAUAUUUAAAUCAGUAAAUCACUUGAUUCCCUUACAAACUAGCCAGCUUCAGCUGCAAUGUAGUGUGGAAGAUCUGAUUUUAAUGUAAAAGUUCAGGAACAAAUUGAAUGUUACAGCAUAUAUUUAAAGACUGGGAGGCCUCUGCUUAACUGCAAGGAACCUGUUAUGCAUUUGUGUAACUGGAAAUGCUUUACAGCUUGCCCAGGUAGAUGCAGUUUCCCUGUACCGUGCCUUCCUUGCAUCUGUGCUACAUUUAAUGAUUAACAGAGAGCACUGUGUAGGUAACCUAGGCAUGAGGAAACAAAUCCUUUGUGUUACACAUGAAGAAAGGUUACAAAGCUUGGUAUCAGCCACUGUUGUUUUGAAAUAAUUUUGCCUCUGCACAUUGAUGUAAUUGCUAUACCCUUCACCCCAUGGUAAUUAGCUUAAUGAGCUAAAUCUGCGAGACUGUGAGCCAUUAGGCACAUGCGGGGUCCUGUCUCCAGCAGCAAACACUGAGUUCACUAAAUUGAACGUGAAAAAUAAGUUAGAACCUCGAGGAAGAGGAAAAGGUGAAUAAGUGACCUUAAACUUGUGGUGGUGGUGAUGUCGACUAUCUAGUUAUGGCCGAAGAUAAAAAAUACCCACAGGAUCUUGUGGGACUGCCACUAGUUGUGAGCAAGCCAGGAAGGCAGGCAGAGGAGCGCUGGGUGAGGACAGAAGAGCUGCCUUUCCAAAACUGGCUGAAAACCAGGUACCAACUCACAGAAGCUGCAUGCCCCUGAUUGAACCAUUUCAGGUAACUUCCUCGUGUCUGUUCAGAGUGAAGAUAUGAAAGAUGUGCCAUAACUGUGGUCUUUAUUCAUGGUACAAUAAGCUUACCAGUACUGACAUGUCCACAUAGCCCCUAACACUUAAUGUACCACUUAACUGCCUUAAGCAGACACCAACUAUAAACGACCUUUUUCUUUAUGCUAAUUAUCAAAGGUAUUUCUUGCUAUUUGAUAGGGUGCCUUAAAGUUUGAUUUGGAUAGGUUUAGCUAUAAAAAUUGGGAAACAAUUUACCUUACCUUAUGACUUUGUGGCUUGAGGGAAAAACUAGAGGAUUACCUUUAUUAUUAUUAUUAUUAUUUAUUUAUUUUUAUUACUUUGGACUUUCUCUGCAUUGUAUUUUUUUUUUUCUGAUUAAAUCUUUUGUGGACAUUCUUGCAUCAGAGAGAAUAUAUUAAGCUAAAAAGCAACUUUUUUUUUUCUCUGAAAUAAGUAUCCACACAAAGCAUUUAUUGCACUGUACAUUCCUACUCUCUUACACUCCACUAAUUGAAAACAAUCCUUUGUCCUCCCCUAGCCUAGGGAAAUAAUCACAGGGAGAAAAAAAAAAUAAAGGAAGAAAAAAACUUUACUAACACAAAACAAACAACCAAAGACAAAAAAAAAAAAAAAAAACAAAAAACAAACAAACAAACAAAAAUACAAAAAAAAAAAAAAAAGCCAGAGCUUCACCUAUCAGAAAGCCAGACACUAAGAAACUAAAUUAAGGACUUUAGUGCUCACCAGGGAUAGAUUAUCAAGCCAUCUCAUCAGCCCUGCUCAUUGUUAUUAAAUAGUCCAUUACCAUAUAUGUAUUUUACUCUUUUCCCAGGACUGAAAUUAAGUGAGUACGUGCAAGUAGUAAUGGCCAGAUAAAUUUUAUUUUUCCAUAAAACAGACCUGAUGAUUUAGAAAAUGUCUAGAUAAUAGGCCCACAGAAAGCAAAGGGGUUUAAUGUUCAAGAUCACUUAAAAGCAGUGUGUACAAGUUGUGUUCUCAUACUGCUGUAUAUUAAAUGGUCUCUUAUUACAGUGACCAUAAGCGUAUUCAGCUAUGGAAAUUAGGCCUCUGGAUUAAGAAAAUAUAUUUUUAUGGGUGAAUUGCACUGCUAUAACCCCUUAAUUUAGAAGUAGCCUCUAGUCUAAUAAUUCAAAUGGGAGAAAUUAUGUUAUGUUCUCUCUUCAGAUAAUCCUCAUCACUAGCAUAGCUCACCCACAACAGCAAAGACUGAGCCUUAGUCUUUAUCAGCCACGUGUAGGUCAUUAGCUUUCCAAAAGGAUGAAAGAUAAAUGCAUUUGAGAAGACUGGCACUCAGUGAAGGUGGUGGCAUGCAUCUGUGUACCUUUGACCUUAUGUAACCUAGUGUUACGUAUGUUGAAACUACAGACAAAUAUGAAUUUUAUUUAUAUUGUUAAGUUAUUUUGUUGAUUAUAAAAGACUUCAUAAAAAUGAUAUAAGCCUGUAUGUUCCCCUCCUUCCCAAAUAAAGUAUUCCUAUAUA